AUGGGCUUUGUCUGGGUCUUCACCCGAUCAAGGACAGAGAUUGAAUCAGAAAACACGAGAGAGAGAGAGAGAGAGAGAGAGAGAGAGAGAGCGCUGGGAGCUCCGACCCGGACGCCACCGACCCGAGAAGGAAACCCGGCCGUCGCGCCACAGUCCGGCCACCCCACGACGGUGCACAGGCUCUAUCUCCUUCGUCUCUGCGUCGUCUACAUCCCAGUAGCCUCGGAUUAUCCAUGCACUGAGCUGGGAAGGAGAAUCGACGACAAGAAGCCCGAGCUCUUUCCGGUAACUUCUGCAAUUUUCGGUGACUCCGGCCACCGAUUGGCUUAUAUCUGCUCGGGUUCGACGCUAUUGCUACGCCGGCGACUUCUCCGACGCGUCUGGGCUUGGUUUCUGGUUCGAUUGCUUCCCUGGAUGAGGCUUGACCUUGAAUGGGAGUUAAACUUUGAAGAUUUUUGGGUUGUGCACAGUAAGACUAGGAUACCAGUUCAUCACCGAGUACUCCCUCUAGUUUCCAGAAAACUGCUGCGAGGGAGUUCAAACCCAUACUGCAAAUCAGACUUGUUGAAGGACUCCAGUUACCCGAGGAACAGAAGGUUCGCGACUCUCAGAGUACAUAAGAGAAAGCAUUGGAAUCCAGGUAGGGAUUCAGGACUCUACUCGGUUAGUGGUUUUCUUAUAUAUUAUUGUUAAAGUGAUGCAUGUUAGUGGUGUGGUUUAGUGAUGUAGGACGAGAAUGUGACCAGUUUAGCCGAAAAAC